CAUUUUGUAUUAGCGCUAAGCGAUUCAUACGCUACAUUACCAUCAGAUUUAGUACAUAUUUUAUGUUACAUUAAUUCGUUACAGACUCUUGUUUAUUCUUAGGCCGUAUUUACAGAAACCUUGUUAAUGUUGUGUUAAGCAUUGCGUUUUAGUUGUGCAAAUGUUUUGUUGUAUAUAAGAAUGUUUUGAAUUCGUUACAUUUUUUGAUGUGAUCAAGUUUCUCAUAAUCACAAGCAUAUCCCCAUUUGUAACAAUGAUAUCUCAUUCGUGAACAUGAGCCCAAAGUAUAUAAUCUUUUUUUGGAUGUUGACGGCCAACUAUUCCAGUGUCUUGAGCUUGGAAUAUUCAAAGGGUUUCAACGAGUCGGACGCUAUUAACACAAUUCACACGGGCCACAAUAAACGAACCAGUAAAUUUCUAUUUGACACAAUUUUUCGCAUAAGUUCGGGAGUAUCGAAUGCCUUUGGACUUUCGGAUACCGAAGACGAGGUCGAGUAUACCGAAAAUUCCAGCCUAAAAAACUGUGACUGUGAUUGUGGCUUCUCGAACGAAGAAAUCCGGAUUGUGGGGGGAAAGCCCACGGGUGUCAAUCAAUAUCCUUGGAUGGCACGCAUCGUGUACGACGGCAAGUUCCAUUGCGGCGGCUCCUUGCUGACGAAGGAUUACGUUCUAUCGGCCGCUCACUGUGUGAAGAAACUGCGAAAGUCCAAAAUCAGAGUCAUAUUCGGCGACCACGAUCAAGAGAUCACCUCGGAGUCCCAGGCCAUCCAACGUGCGGUUACGGCCGUGAUAAAGCACAAGAGCUUUGACCCCGAUACAUACAACAACGACAUUGCCCUGUUGCGACUUCGCAAGCCUAUAUCGUUUUCUAAAAUUAUAAAGCCUGUCUGCCUACCGCGCUACAAUUACGACCCCGCAGGUCGCAUUGGAACAGUUGUCGGCUGGGGACGGACAUCCGAGGGAGGAGAGCUACCAUCCAUAGUUAAUCAAGUUAAGGUGCCCAUUAUGUCCAUCACGGAAUGCCGAAAUCAAAGAUACAAAAGUACUCGAAUUACCUCAUCCAUGUUGUGUGCGGGUAGGCCUUCCAUGGACUCAUGCCAGGGUGACAGUGGAGGACCGCUGUUGCUAUCCAAUGGCGUUAAGUAUUUCAUCGUAGGCAUUGUGUCCUGGGGCGUCGGUUGCGGCCGCGAAGGAUAUCCGGGUGUUUACUCCAGAGUGAGCAAAUUCAUACCUUGGAUUAAGUCUAAUUUAGAAAAUACCUGCCUGUGUUCAUAGUCAAUGUUGUGUUCAAAUACAUGACCUUAUUUAUUGCCUAGCUAAGUCCGUUUUAAUGCAAAGUGUCUUUGUUACUCCACCAAUCCAUCGAAAAUAAAAUUAAUUGUUU